ACGCAGCAUUCUUACGGCAUGACAGCCCUCCAACUACAACUUGAGACGGUAGAAAGAGUACUGAAGCCCAAAGACAUUUGUCUGCCUUCACUCGUAAUCAACUACGCUGGUCCUCUCACGGAUAUAACGUUCUUUCCGAUCCUGUCCCCACGCCGCAGCCGUUUCCACCAUUUCCACAACUACACCUUUGAGUGCACCGCGCUGUCUGACAUCAUGCGGGUGUGUAAACAGUUGACGCUAAUCAACGUCCGGGCGGCGGAAGCCAUCAUUGGCUCGGCUAUUCAGAUACUGUACUUAGAUAUGGAAGCGGCUUUGCCGGAGCCGGAAAGACGGGUGUUCAUGCGCCCGGGUCAUGUUGUUAAGUGGGACAUCAUCAUUCCGCUGUUGCGCUUUUACUCCACAGAAACGCCGGCUGAACAGUGGCGAGUCUUUUUAGCAGCGGCAAAUGCCAAUUGUCCGGUAGUCAGUCAGGCUGCCUUCCGCAAGGUGACGCAGCUGUAUGCUCCCUGGGAACAGACGUUAGUCUAUCCGGAUGAAUGGGUCGGCAUUCGUAUCUUCCUGCAGAUGUUAAAGGAGCCGUGCCCCGCUGAUCCACAACGCUGGGAAACUAUGGAUCUCCGUCAACUAGAUAUUUCCACUUUGACGAAUGUGACCGUUGCGGCUCUGGAUGCAUGCUACACAGAGUAAAUCAUCCCUGAAAUCCAUGUGGUUUCUGAUUGUUACUACGGGUAGAGGAAGGUUUAUCCAUGCAGAUGAUUCAGUUGCUGGUAACAGCGCUAUUCGGCUCGAGACUAUAACUUGACAAGGCAUUUCGGC